GCAUGAAUAGGAAUCGGCUUUGAGAGCUAUGUGCCUACCGAAAUGUGUCACCUAUUCACAAUUCUGUACACGUAUUUCACAACCUAGCUUGAGCAUAUAUAGGGGUACACGUUGAAUGUAUGUCAUUCGUUUGACUAGCACAGCCGUCAUGGGGACGCUGACAAUUCUACUGCUGCUUCUCGGGACGUGCGGUGUGUCAGGGUAUGGCGAAUACCGGAAGCGCCUUCCAAAUGGAGAGCGGGUUCCACAUCCUUGCAGAGCCAACUUGUACUGGCAUGGUCUGGGUCACAUCAACGCUCUUGGAGGUGGAAGCCGAAACGACUUUGGCAAAGACUUCGCUGCCCACGGACACACGUUUCAGUCGAUUGGAACUAUGUCGAUCCGAGUGUGUGACCCCUUUGACUCCCCCGCAUGCGCAGCUAAGAAUGAGUGGGUGUCGUGCAAAGGGGCAGAACUGGAGUGCGAUGCAAUCAACUCGCCAGAUGUGCUGAACUUCACGAUUCGGUUCCCUGAGACGGAAGUCCCGGCAGAGGACACCACCUAUAUGUGCAUGAUAUUCGACGUCCCCUCUGACCGCGACUACCACUACAUUGCAAGCAAGCCUCUCAUCGACAACGACAACGUUAUGCAUCACGUCGUAGUCUACGGUUGCACAGACACGACAGAGGAAAUACCAAACGCACCAUACAAAUGUGGUAUGGAUGCGGGGAAGGGAUGCACGGUUGGUUUAGGAGGAUGGACAGUUGGGUCUCCUGGAGAAUGCCUCAACGACAACUUUGGACUAUCUUUUGGAAAAUCAAGAUAUACCCGGUUUGCCCUGGAGUUCCACUGGAACAACCCGAACGAAGUGAGCGGGUGGAAGGACAGUUCAGGAAUGACUUUCUAUUAUACCCCCAACUUGAGGAAGUACAAUGGCUCCGCCAUGGCGCUCGGACAGAUGCACCUUGCAAUACCCCCUGGACGACCGGAGGUCACUUUCAGAGGGGAAUGCACUUCUGACUGCACCCAAAAGUUGAUGACAGAACCCAUCUAUGUCACAUCAGGCUUGAAUCAUAUGCAUUAUUUGGGCAAAGCAGGAUUCGUUGAGCAUAUCAGAAAUGGACAAAGACUCCGCUAUCUGACCAAUGAACCAGAAUACAGCUAUGACAACCCUCGCUACUUCAAAUAUAACGAACCAGUUGAAAUUCUUCCCGGAGAUAGCUUGGUGACCACCUGCACAUUCGACUCCACGUACAAGAAGAAAUGGGUAUUCUAUGGCGAUGGAACAUCCGAUGAAAUGUGCUUCGGGUUUCUGACGUUUUAUCCCGAACAUGCUAUGAAGAAUGCCUUUUGCAUGUCGUGGAAAGGUAUCAACACGUGUGGAAGAGAGAGCGUCAUCGAAGAGAACUGCGAUGCCUUUGGAUUUAUCUUCCAAUACGACACUCAGUCUGCGGCGCUACGCAAGGCAGUCGACAAAAACUGCAACCUCGCUUCCAACCUGUGCACUCCUGAAUGCAAGAUGGCCGUCAUGGACUUACUGCAACAUCCAUGCAUGCGUGGAGGAGAUGUGACACAUUAUGUCAGAAACCUCAUUCAAAGUUCCAAAGCCGGUCUGGAGUUCCUCGGCAAGCUGAGAAUGUGCGAUGUGAAGAAGAAUGAUUUUGGCUUCCCCACUUCCGGUGCCACAGGAAUCAGUAUGGCGUCAUCGCUGUUAAUCAUUCUUGCACUUCUCAUGGUAUAGAUUCAUAACAUGUCUUGACUUGAAAUCUUUCUCUUUUUUUCUCCUUUUUUAAAUUUCUUUUUGGUUACUGACUGACUUGAUUUCUUACCUAUUUGUCAAAGAGUUUAAUGUCACGUAGCGAUUUCAACAAUGUUGCUUACCAGUU